GAGAGGAAGUCAGGCGUGAAAGCGUUGGCUGUUUGAUUCCGAAAAGAAACUUGCAGCAUUUUCUUUUCCGUAGAAUUAAGUGAAAAGAAAUAUAUAUAUUUUAAAUGAUAAAAUCCGACAAAUGCUAUCAUGAUUGUAAAAAUUAAUCCGAUUUAAAUGAGAGGUUUCAUUUAAAUAACAAACAGCAGUCACUAGUGUCUGUAUUAUUAUUAUUAUUAAUAUUAUUAAUAAUAUAUAAAUAAAUGAUGAGCUCCUCAGUGGUGGUUCCUGUUAUAGAUGUUCAGAGUAAUAACUUUAAAGAAUUAUGGCCUGCUAUGGUGCUUUCCUUUAAAACCUCCUCCUUCAUUGCCCUGGACACUGAGCUCAGCGGGCUCGGGGCCAGAAAAGCUCUUCUAGCAGAGUCGAUCGAGGAUCGGUAUAAAGCGAUAUGCCACGCCGCCCGGACUCGCUCCGUUCUCUCCCUCGGACUCGCCUGUUACAAGAGACUCGACGGGAAGACGGACACCACGUACCUGGUGCAGGUGUACAACCUGACGCUGCUGUGCGCCGAGGAGUACGUGAUCGAGCCGCAGUCCGUGCAGUUCCUGGUUCAGCACGGCUUCGACUUCAACAAGCAGUACGCUCAAGGCGUUCCGUACGACAAGGGAAACGACAAGGGUGGAGAACCUCAGGGUAUGACCAUGCGCACGUUGUUCGUGGAGCUCCUGAGGGCCAACAAACCUCUGGUGCUCCAUAACGGCCUGAUCGACCUGAUCUUCCUGUACCAGAGCUUCUACGCUCAUCUGCCUGAGAAACUGGGAACCUUCACCGCCGACCUUUCGCAGAUGUUCCCCUCCGGCGUGUACGACACCAAAUACGCCACCGAGUACCAACUCCGCCUCACAGCCUCGUACCUGGAGUACGCUUACAAGAAGUGUAAGCUGGACAACAGCAGGUCGGUGGAAGCAGCUCAGGACGGACCUCACGUCUUUCUGGAGUUUUGUAAUUACUCUGGCCGUCUGCAGAGCUACGUGGACUACAGGCCCUGUUUCGACAGCUAUGGUGGUGAAGGACCUCCGAACAUCUGCCCUCAGUUCUCUGCGUACGGAUGGUGUCCCACCGGCUCGGGCUGCACCAUGUCUCACGACACGGACCUCAUCAUCCGGCAAGACGAGAAAAGCAAAGAGGAUAAGCGGAAAAAACGGAAGCGCAGGAAGAAGAAAAAGGCUGAAAAGGAGAAGGAAGAUGAUGAGGAAGACGACGGGUCACCGCAGGGUAAGAAGGCUCACGUGGAGGAUGAGGAGAAACAAGAACCAGAGAAAGAGGAGAAAGUUCACGAUGAGAUUCUGAUGGGUGAAACUCCAGCUGGAGAGUCCGGCGGCGAUCCGGACAAGAACGGAAACGACGCUCCUCAAACGCACGAUCCGACGGAAAACGAACGUCCUGACACCCGUGUGAAGAAGGCGGAAGGAGGAACGCACCGAGCCGGCUUCGACGCGUUCAUGACCGGAUACAUCUUCGCCUUCGCGAGCAUCCGGAACGGAGACGGAUCAGACCCCUGGAUCCCAUCAUGCGCCAACAAGCUGUACCUGAGCGGCAAGAGCCUUCCUCUUCACAUCGCCAAGAGCACCUUCUCGAAAUCCUCCAGAGCGCAUGUGACCAAGAUGGAGCACAUCUGGAGAAAACGAUUCCCAAAAGAAGACGAGAGCAUGUGACACGUUUUUUUGUCCGAUAUGGUAUAUAUAUAUAUAUAUAUAUAUAUAUAUAUAUAUAUAUAUAUAUAUAUAUAUAUAUACACACACACACACACACACGGUUUUAGCGAAAGCUUUCCUUUCAAAGGCGUAAUAAAGCAUUCAGUUUUUAUAUA